CUAGGGAUGUUCGCGACGCGGCUCAUCAGGGCCGGUGAAUUGAUUAUCGCAGAACGGCCGACCGUACUGGCCUCCAAGAAGGUCUCUCCUGAACCAUCGUUCAACGAUGCCGCCCUUGCGGCGCUGUCCGAUGGUGCGCGGGCGUCCUUCAUGGCCCUGGCCGACUCUUGCUCCCCCGAAUUAUCUCACCCGCUCCUUGGGCGCAUCGCCAUCAACUCAUUCGACUCCGGGCCUAUGACCGACGACGAAGACACGCUCGUCGAAUUCGCCGCGACAUACAUCACCUUGUCCCGCGCAAAUCACGAUUGCGUCGGGAACGCCAACUACCAGUGGUUGAAGACGCGGUGGUGCGGGCAGUUCUUCGCCAAGCGGGAUAUCCCCGCGGGCGAGGAGAUCACCGUCAGCUACACCUUCGCGCUCACGCAGGCGGAACGGCACGCGGCUUUGAAGGAGCGGUACUCAUGCGAGUGUCUCUGCAAGACGUGCUCGGACGCUACGCCGGAGGACGUGCGGCGUAGCGACCAGCAGCGCAAGAUGGUCGCACAUGUGCGAGACGCCUUGCAGAGUGCCUUGUACUCCUCUUUGUGUCCCACCGUCUCGGAGGAGUCCCUCCAACGGGUGUUGGAGCACGCGCAAGAGGAAGGCAUGAUGAUAAGCUACGCGACCAUCGCCUUUCUGGCGAGCCGGAUGUUGACGAAACGGGAAGGGCCUGUGGUGGCGCUCAAGUGGUUGAAGGUCGCUAGGCAAGCGUAUGUGACGACGCUCGGAAAGGAAGCAUGGGAAGUCUCGCAGGUCGAUAAGCAUGGUUGGUUCUUGACGACAGUCUUGCGGUCGCGUGGCGCGGUAUAUAGCUGGCCGUAAAUCUUUCUGCUUAAACUAGGUCCGACAUGUAACUUGUACAGGUAUCGGACGACAUACACCGAGAGCACAGUGGAAUGAUCAUAGAUGGCAUGG